GUGCGGUCACGCAGACGCAAGUGUAAAAGUAGGAGCUCAAACUGUUGCCCGGACUAACCCACGUUCAGCAUCCACGUCCCACACAGUCUGACACAGAGGAGUGAGACGGAGCGGAACGAGGAGCGAGGAGAGGGGGGAACUUUUACGCACAGCCUGGAAAGUCUGGAUUGUUUUGGCGCGUAUUUAGAAGUCCACUUUGGAUAGUUUUUGACACGAUUUUCUGCUCUUUUCUCAGUUGGAUUUUAGAUGGCAGCUCUAAUUUUAAUUUCCUCGCACCUGUUCCUUCUAAUAUUAAACUGUUUCCUGGGUGCUGCAUCCAUCAGGACCACGAAAGGAGGCACUGGGAGCGCACAGGAUAGUGGUUUUCUCCACUCCUCGUCGUCGGACCUGUUUUCUGAUGGUCUGGAUCAGGACAUGGUUUCCCAGCACAUGUUCAAACUGUAUGAGAAAUGCAACAGGGAAAACCGUCUCAGAGAGGGGAACACUGUCAGGAGUUUCAGAGCCAGUCAAGACUCUUCUGACCACAGAACAGUGUACCAAAUGAACCUCACAACCCUCCAGGACUCGGAGGUCAUCCUCUCCGCUACAUUCCACUUCCUGCUUGAUCGUCGCCCUCGUCACAAACCCUGGCUCUGUAAACGUUUCAAAAGUCCAUCCUGUCGCUCCUCAGCCGUCCACCCUGCUCCGUCCAUCAGCCUGCUCCUUCGCUCUGUCUCCUCGGGGUCAGAGGUCAGAUCUGGGUCAAUGGGGUCACUUCUAGGCAACAUGACCUUCCACCCCCACAGGAGAGGGGUGUGGCAGAUGAAAGAUGUGACCCAGGUCAUAAAGGAGGCACGGGACAAGGGUCAUCUCCUAGUGUCAGUGGAGCUGGACUUAGGGCAGCAGUACCACAUGAAAUCAGAGGAGGCGCUGUCUGCAGGAGGUCUGCCCUACCUGCUGCUCUAUGCGAAUGAUCAAGCUUUGGCGGAACCCAACAGCGUGGCCUCAAGCCUUCAGAGGUACGACCCGUUCAAGGAGGAAGGAGAGUCCUCACAUUCCUCUCAGUCCUCUCAGCUCCUGCAGAGACCAAACUCGUCACCAGAGCCGAAAGGACGCGUGAGAAGGGAAGCACCUCUGCUCUCUGACACCAUCCAGAACAAUGAGCUGCCAGAGGUCGACUACAGGCCUGAGGGAUACAGGAAGGAUGAACUUUGGGAGAGCACUUGGUACCUGGCACUCAAACCCAAGCAUAACGUAGGAAAGAAGAGAAAGAACCAAGAGGAAGAAGGCCUGGAGAAAGGUAGAGGAGCACAGGACAAAAAGGAAGAAGUUCACAAAGGUGUAGAAAGAACAUCACAGGAGAUUAAGCCAGAUGACUCAAAUGUGAAAAAAAUCAAAGACAGUCAAACACAGACUGUCAGCAGUGGACGAAAGCAUGAGCAGAAAAAUGAGGGAAAGAGUGUAAAGAAGCACAAGGGGGGCUCUAACUCUCAGUCACCCAUUCUGAGCUUUGAUGAACAAACGAUGAGAAAGGCGAGGAGGAGGCAGUGGGGAGACACCCAGCAGAGAGGCUGCUCCAGGAGGAACCUCAGGGUGGAUUUUGCAGACAUUGGAUGGAGUGAGUGGGUCAUAGCACCCAAGGCUUUUGACGCCUACUACUGCGCUGGAACGUGUGGCUUUCCCAUGCCCAAGGUGGCGAGGCCGUCCAACCAUGCCACCAUCCAGAGCAUAGUCCGAGCCGUUGGGAUCAUCCCUGGUGUCCCUGAGCCCUGCUGUGUCCCAGAUAAGAUGAGUCCUCUAGCUGUGCUCUACCAGGAUGAAUCAAGGAACCCAGUGCUUAAGAUCUACCCCAACAUGUCUGUCCAGUCCUGCUCCUGCAGAUAGGAAGUAGGGGGGGGGGCGAUGGAGGUAGAGGAGAAAUCAGGGUGGAUGUGCAGAAAAACAGAAAACUAAUGGGGACUGAACCAUACCUCUGUUUGUCAAGUGGUUUCCUGACACUGAGAAACAAACUCACUCUGGCCGUCAGUAUUCCUGGAGGAACUUGGGCUGUAGAGAAAUCACUUCCAUCUCUUCUGUCCCGCGGCAGCAGACAUGAAGAGACACAUUGUCUGGCAUCUGCUUUAGCAAGAGGAACAGAGUCACACGUGUAAAGUCAGGGCUCCACAUGUCCCAGAAGCCCGGUUGUUUUGAUUCUGUGUUUGAGAUUAAAAUGAGGAUUUCAUGGACAGGAGCGUUUUUUAAGAGAUGUUUUCCUUUAUCUCAGAAAGGAGUUGUUGUUCAAGCUGCUCACAGUGAGUUUGAGUUCAUGUUUUCUUUGGACACAAAGGCUCCGAAUAAAAGACUUUAUCAUUGUGUCAUCAGGCAGCUGAAAGAGUCACACACAGAUGACAGAGAUUAUGAAACAUUAUUCCACAUUCUUUGUACAGAUGUUCACACUUUGAUGAAAUCAUACGCCACAUUGUACAAACAUGCAACGCUCAUUUGUCUGCAGGAAAAAAUAAGGUUAUUGUACUUCUGUCUUUUUUAAUGUUAUAGAGGAAAUAUCACAUGAAUUACAGAGAGCAUCUGGAAUUCAUCUACACCAACAAACCAACUCAUUACACUUCAAGAAUGUUUUAUUAAAAGCAGAAAUAUUUUUCUAUUUUGAAUGUGAAGCUUGGUUAAAUAAUGUGUCAUGGUUACUAGUUAUGUAUUACUUUAUUUAGAAGAGAUGUGGUUUUGUACAUGUGUAUUGUUUAAAUUAUGAAAGGUAGCCUUCUCUAUGUCAGAAUAAAAUGUAAUUUAAUCCCA